CACUUAUAUUAUCUUCACUCUAACAUUUGAAUAAUCUAUUUCAAGAUUAUGCUGCUUCCAAAACAAUUGUUCAAAUUGGAUUUUGGACCGCUGUCAAUGAAGCAAAUCAAUUUUGCCAGGACGUCAGUUGUCCAAUUGGAGUGGGCAAUGUUACUAUUCAUAAGGUGAUGAGUCUACCUACCACAGCGCUGCCGUUUGGAGAUAUUUCAGUGCACUAUCAAGCUUAUACCCCCGACAAUAUAUCUUUCACAUGUCUCGAUAUAGCACCUGUGGGUUAUCAAAAUCCAGUGUGGCGACAAGUGUUAAUAGCUGUUCCAGUUGCCUUUGCUGUAUUUGCAGCUAUUGUGACGAUCUUCUCGAUCUACGUUACUAGCACAGACGCUGAACAAGACAUUUUAAUAUCAGCCUCAAACUAUGGAAUAGAGCCAUCAGCACUUCGUCUCAAAACUCCAGGAUUGUUCGAUAUCGUCUUUUACGCACAAUUCAUAGUUGUCACGGGCCAACUCAACAUCAAGUACCCAUUGUUUUAUCCAUUAUUCACUUCGAAUUUCGCCUGGAGCAACCUUUUAUUUGUACCAGAUUUCAUCAACGACAUUGUCAACACCAUCUUUCCUGCCCAACUUACCACCGACUCAUCAGGAUGGUACCAGUCUGAACCUGGAUUGAGUUUAAACAAACGCCAGAUGGGGUUCGGAGCGGCUGCUAACGACACCAAUCCUGUUGUUGUUGCUAGUACCGGCAUGGCCAAUUUUGCAAAUGCCGUGGGGUUGGAUGUACGCGCCUUGUUCAUAACGUCCUUAAUAUUCUAUUUAAUUAUUCUGGCUUGUAUUAUUUUCCUGUGCAUCAUCGCAUGCAUGGUCUUAGAGUUUACCAAUGUAAACUCAUCAUACCAGAAGCUACAAAGAAGUCGGCCGUUUGAUUUAACGAUAGGGGCUUGUCUGAGAACCUUAACAUUGUUCUAUCUACCGCUCAUUACCAUGUCGUUCUACCAGUUGAUGCUUCCUGCACCAUGGUACCUGCUAUUACCUGCCGCAUUAAUGCUGGUAUUCCCCUUGUUUGGCCUCUUCGCAUGGAUUGCAUUUCUCCUCCUACGUAUUCGACCUCCAUCAGUGAUUUUCUCGGACAUGACGUUGCUGCUUCGAUAUGGUACUCUUUACAGCGCCUUUACGGACGAUACAUUUACAUUUUUCAUUCUCGUCGUAGUCUAUAAGGCAUUAGUGGGCGCAAUGGUGGGGCUGUUCCAAGCCAGUGGCCUCGCUCAAGUCAUUGUCAUUAUCAUUCUAGAAACGGUCUUUCUCCUUGCUCAUUGGUUCAAGGUUCCCUACGCUGACCGAUCCAUCAAUAACUUUUAUAUCUCCUUUGGUGCAGUACGUAUCAUCAUCAGCAUUCUUAACAUUCUAUUUGUGGAUGAAGCGAACCUGUUGGACUGGGACAAGCAAUACAUUGCGUAUGCUCAGAUCUUCCUGCACUGUGUCGCCUUUUUGGUUCUCUUUUCUGUAUCCUUGAAAAACCUCAUACUCAUCGUGACUGGCAUGUCAAGCCAAGAGCCUCAUGAAAAUUCCCGACUCAGCGCGGGAUUAGGAUUGCGAUGGAUGCGUAGACGGCCCCAGCGUCCACGAUUUUCGCAUGUUCCAAGUCGCAGUAUCAGUGGUCCCAUCGAUGUACCGGAAAAUGAGAUGAUCACAACUUCUUCGAAGUCUAAUAAGUUUGGCUGGAGACGAUCGACUGGAGACGCAUCUGUAGGCUUACCUCUACAGCAUUUAAAUAAUGGCUUACGGUCAGCUACAGUUCCAGACAUGUUAAACAAUGGAUCAGGAUCUACACUAGGUCCACAAACACCGCCUCCACAACCACCAAAGCAUGGUAUACCGCUCACUGAUGAUCAAUAUGGCCCACAAAAUUAUCACAGACUUUCAGCGUUUGGGCCAAGCAUAUACACGGUCGAUUCGUUAGAUUCCCCAACACCUACACCGCAGCGCCUUAGAGCUUCAUCUAAUAGCAAUACGUGGAUGAUACCAGGGCAUCAAAGGCAAAGCAGCACCAGUACUGCAGGUGUAGCAACAUCGCAAGCUGAUAGUAACACAUCUAACAGCAACAACCCUUCCGAAUCUCGGCAAACGCCUUCGAAUUCUACCAUGUCAAACCCAUCUGACAAUAACCCUGUGUCACCUACUGAGUCAUCUUUCUAUCGACCAUCACGAAGGUCAUUACGCAAACGGAGUGGCGACUAUGGUGGCUUUGGUGGUAGCAAAGGUAAUGCGAACGAAGGACCUGAUCCGCAGGCGACACCUAGACCGGGCAAUAGAAAUUCCAAUGCACCGCAAACAACUGUAUCACCUGCACCUGCCCAUCCUUCAAUGAAUGAUAUUGAAUUAUAUCGAAUUUUGGGCCCAGAAGGGAUGGCAGCCAUUGCUUCUACGCAGUCACCAUCGUCGGGUAAGAAUAUGGCGAAGACACCUUCGUCUGGGGGACUUUUCCCCAUGUCUACCAGUGCCUCGGGCCCCGCUCGGCAGUUCAACGACACGUCUGUCUCCACAGGUAGCAUAUCUGGCAAUGAGCCCCAGAUAAAGCCAAAUUGGUCUCGACAAUCACAAAGUACGGACACACAUCCUAGUAAUCAAGCCGAAGCUGGUUUCUACGAAAUAACGAAUGAUAGCGAUUACGAUGAGGCGUAAUCAUUUUAUUGAGUUCUAUUUGCUUCAUCAGACGCCUCAAGACUUUUUACAUAGCCAGAUUUUGACACUCCUCUCUAUUUCAUUUCAUCUCAUUCAGUCAUUAUUAAUUCCAUUUGUUUUUUUACAAAUUAUUGUAUACAGCACUUCUUAUAAUUGAUUCA